CUUUGUUUCCCACCUCCCUUAUCUUCACUUCACGUGACCACUCUUUCUCUCUCUCUCUCUCCUCAAACUAGAUCCAGAUUCAGAUCUCCACCCACUCAUUGAUGACCAAACCACACUCUUCUACCCACCAUGCCUCCCUCUCCGCUAACCCCACCGCCACCACCACAUUCCGCCGCCGUGCUCGUCCUAACCCUCCUCCUCACUCUCUCCUCCUCCGCCGUCCCAACAGCCUCUAACCCCUGCUCAAACCUCCAAUCCACCACCACCACCACCCCAUGUCCACCCUUCACCACCUCCACCCCCUCCUUCCCCUUCUCCGCCACCCCCGGCUGCGGCCACCCCUCCUUCCAAAUCCAUUGCUCCUCUCCUCACUCCACCCUCACCAUCAACAACCUCUCCUUCUCUCUCCUCAAACCUGACUCCAACUCCUCCUCCCUCCUCCUCUCUCCUCUCCCCUCCAACACCUCAUCGUCACCUAACAACAACCGUAAUUGCACUUCUUCCCAUUUUCUCUCCAUUCCAAACCAACCCAUCAACUUAUCCAGCUCCCCGUUUCGGGUCUCCCAUUGGUCUUGCUCUCGCCUCGGCGCUCUCAGAUCAUGCGCAUCUCUCAACCUCCCGAACUGCAUUCACUGCCCUUACGACUGCAAGCUCAUCGAAAACCCACUUCAAAUCGUCCCGGGAUGUGGUUCCCAACGUCGCUUGGUAUCCUCAGGAUGUCAAAACGACGUCCUGGGAUACCUUGACAAAAUACUCUCGAUGGGCGUUCUCGUUGAGUGGGAUGCUAGAAGAGAUCCUUAUUUCUCUAGCUGCGAUGCCUGCCAGGCCAGCAACGGGUCCUGCGGCUACAACUCGUCCGACCCAGAGAAACCAUUCCUGUGUUUCCAAAACCAGUUAGGCAAUCAAAAUCUGACCCCGUGGGUUCGUCUGGACGGCCCCAACCGGACUGAGAUGCUCUGCCUGAGCUUCGGGUUCUUCUGCCUGUUGUUCAUUGUCCUCGUGUUCGUUCAAUGGAGGCGGAGUAAUUCAUCGGCGACUAAAGAAGACCCGGCAAUGCUCUACCUCAGCCGCCACCGUUCUCCGUCGACCCCGCUCCCUCCUAUCUUCACCUACAAAGAGCUCGAGUCUUCGACAAACGGGUUUGACCCGAACCGCAAGAUAGGCGAUGGCGGGUUCGGGUCGGUCUACCUGGGCAAUCUCCCCGACGGCCGGAUCGUGGCCGUCAAACACCUCCACAAACCCCACCCCACCCCUGCAAAAGUCUUCUGCAACGAAAUACUAAUCCUGUCUUCAAUCAACCACCCCAACAUGGUCAAGAUCCACGGGUACUGCCCCGACCCGAGAGCCCUCCUCUUGGUCUACGACUACGUUCCGAACGGGACCUUAGCCCAACACCUUCACUGCGUUAAUAAUAAACGCAGGAGAGGGUUUUUAAGGUGGAAAACCCGGGUCGACAUUGCGCUACAGAUAGCUAGCGGGAUGGAGUACUUGCAUUUCGAUUUGGUCCCUCCGAUUGUUCACAGGGAUAUAACAUCAAGCAACAUUUUCGUGGAAAAGGAUAUGAGGGUGAAAUUGGGUGAUUUCGGGAUGUCGAGGGUGAUGAGGAAUUUCAAUGGUGGGGCGGCGGCGUUGGCGGGUGGGGCGGGCUCGGGGUGUUGUGUUUGGACGGGUCCGCAGGGAACGCCGGGGUAUUUGGACCCGGAUUAUUACAAGUCGUUCUUGCUGACGGAGAAGAGCGAUGUUUAUAGCUUUGGGGUGGUGUUGUUGGAGUUGGUGACGGGGAUGAGGGCGGUGGACGGGAGGAGAGAGAAGGGGGAGGUGGUGCUGGUGGAUUUUGUGGUGGAGAAGAUUCAGAUGCGGUUGUUGGAGCACGUGGUGGAUGAGGGGUUGGUGGAGGAAUGCAGUGGGGGAGGAGAGGGGGUGAUGGGAGGGGUGGAGGCGGUGGCGGAGCUCGCGUUUCGAUGUGUGGCGACAGACAAGGACGACCGGCCAGAUGCGAGGGAGGUCGUGGCGGAGUUAAGGAGGAUUCGCGGCAGCGGCGGUGCCAGCUUAGUCACGUAAUUCUUACUCUCGUGUUCGCACACGCACACACGACAUUACGUAACUCGAGUGGUGGCGGUGGUUGGGGGGGGGGCGGUGUUUCCCGGGCUUCUUCGAAUUCGUCUAACGUUUGUGGGUCCCUGCUAAGACGGAUUGGUGGUCUUUUUCGUGUAUACCUUAUGUGUUGACUUUUUGACUAACACCUGUCAGAUGAUGAGUUGUUGAUGUCCAAACAGCAUUGACCAUGUGAAUAGAUCUGAUCUGAUUUAAGUAGUUGAUGAUUUGUUUUUA